UGGAUCAGGUCUCCGGCCUGCUUCCGUUUCUCUCCCACCACAUUGACCACAACCCCGCCCCCCGCCUCGCACUCACUAGCUGAACGCGUUGCCCGACAUGCAUUGGAAGGAGAACUGGAACGGCAAGCAGAAUGUCAUCGUAGUUGGUGGCGGACACGCCGGCGCGCUCGUCGCGCGCAACCUAUCAGGCACGCUCGACCCGCAGAAGUAUAAUCUGAUCCUCGUCAACGAGCGGCCGUUCGCCGUGCACCUCCUCGCUGGCGCGCGCAUGACGGUCAGCGAGGAGGGCGACUACGAGCGAUUUGCUCUCAUGAGCUACGACAAACUCUUCAUCAAUGGCAACGGUCGGCUGGUUGUCGACAGGGUGACGGGGAUUGACGAGAAGGUGCCGGGCGAGGGGGGAGAGAUUAUCCUCGAGAGUGGGGGCAGAAUUCAGUACGCCGCACUCAUCCUCGCGUGCGGAUUCUUGUGGUCCGGCCCGCUCGACUUCCCGUACACACGCGAGGACAUGCACGCCCAUCUCCUUCAUUGGAGAAAGCGGUAUGAACAGGCAGACCACGUAGUACUCAUUGGUGGUGGCGCCGUCGGCAUUGAGACCGCCGGAGAGCUCAGAGACAUCUACCCCAACAAGAAGAUCACUAUCGUACAAGCAGACGACAUGCUUCUCAACGCUACCUACCCGGAGAAGUACCGUAAAGACAUGGAGCGCCGCUGCAAGGCACGGCGAAUCGACAUGGUCUUCUCCGAACUCACAGACUACAUUCCUGAUCACGGCACUGUCGGGCUCAUCACACGCUCCGGCAUGUCGAUUCCCACUGCCGACAUGAUUGUCCCGACCUUUGGCCCUCGGCCGAACACCGCGUGGAUCGCGUCGCUCGGUCCGGACGCGCUGGACGAAAGGCGGUUAGUGAAGGUCAAGCCGACCUUCGAGGUGGUGGGGCAUCCGGGCGUAUUCGCGGUGGGCGACGUCACGGAUUGGAACGAGCAAAAGCAGGGCAUGAAGUACCCUGUACAUGCUGAGAUCUGCUCCGCGAACGUCUUCAGCUUCCUCGAAGGUCAACCACAGACCAGGAAGUACAAGGGCAGUACGGAAAUCAUCCUCAUUCCUUUGGGAAGGAAUAAGGGUGCUGCGUACUUCGACGUGCUCUGGGGCAUUGUCCUUGGCAACUGGUUCGUGCGGUGGAUCAAGUCCAAGGACUUGCUCGUCCACUCGACAAGAAAAGACCGAGGCCUCUCACCAGCCGACCGAUGAUUGCGAACGACCCAUUGCGCGCUGCGACGGACGCUUGGUAUCUACGAUCAAAGGAGGUUUACAUUUACUUAUCCAUUCUUGCUUCACGCCCACGCCUUUCUGCACCUUAUGCACCAACCACUGGAGGAGGAUUUCGCA